CAAUCGCAGGUUCUUGUAUUUUACUAUGUUGCGCAAUCCCGUCGAGCGAUAUCUGAGUGAGUGGCUACAAAUGCGGAGAGGUGCAACGUGGCAUACCUCACUGCUUCGAUGCAAUGGCAAAUCGGCGCGAUCCGGUUGGUUCCGUCCGUGUUACACUGUUCCCGAGUUUAUGAGCAAUGUUACAAGCCCCGCCUACCUCCCGAGGCGUCAAACAUGGUACAACGUCAGUCUGCAAACUUUCUUACGAUGUCAGUUCAAUUUGGCAAACAAUCGACAGACCCGAAUGUUGGCCAACCUAACCUCACUUGGUUGCUAUUCCAAGUUGGCGCAGUGGCUCAAACCGUCCCGCUCUCCGUAUCAGCUUUUAUCAACUGCGCAGCGAACCCUGUGCCUCAGUGCCAAGUACAAUCUUGCUGGGAUCUUCCGCACAUUCGGUCUAAGUGAUCAUAUGGUUUACACGCAGUAUAUGUUACAACGCGCGCUGAAAAUCGUGUUCAAUUUCCCACUGACGAACUUGAGCUCCUUCGUCCACGGCAACCGGACACAUACGCAAGACGUUAUGCAUAUGAUGAGCGCCACUGAUCUGCUCAAGGUGUACUAUGCCAAUCGACUGGACGCAGAAUUGUACGAAUUCGCUAAGCGUCUGUUCCUCCUUCGUUUCACCGCGCGUGUCAUAUACGACAUGCAGAUUCACCCCAGAUUCCGGCGUCCAUUGUACACCUUGUGGAUUCGUAACAAUUGGCCAGCCUUGGAAUACAAUUUGCUGCUCACAAAAACGUUGAACACGACUUCCUCUUUCUAUUUUCAAUUCAAUUGCCAUCUGAUUCGUAUAUUUCAGCGUCAGUCGAAACCACAAUGAUACGGCGAUGCCACGCCGCAUGAGGCGCUGUUGGUGUGAUCCUCCGAUGGCGCCCUUUGAUCUCAAUGUGCUCAGGUUGUGCGACUUGACGGCUUUUUAAUGAUUUUUCAUCAUCCACUUUGUGUCCUUUCUGUUUACUUUCGUGUCUACCAAGCGCACAUCAGUACACACUUACGUGUUUGUCGGAGCGCAGUGGUCAACUCCAGGAAUUUUGAGAGACACAUCGGCAAUCUGUAGGGACAGUGAGUGGGUAUGAAACCAGAUUUCGCUUAUUUUUAUUUGCCUCUUUUUAUCCCGUGAUAUUAUUUUGCUCCGAUUUGCCUUUACUGACUUCACUGUAAAGCAGAGAACAAUUGUGACGAAAUUUCAUACAGUUUC